AGGCGCUCGGUGCUCGCCGCCCACCGCCGCCGGAACAAAAGGGGCGGCUGCAUGGUGGCUGCGGAGCGCUCGGCCGCGCCCGCCCCGCUGCGAUCCCCUCUCCGCUUCCCGCUCCCCCGUUCCCCUUCCCGCCACCAUGUCGGGCAGCGGCGGCAGCAACAGCGCGGUGAAGAAGAGGAGCCCGGCGGGCUCGGCCUCCUCGCUGGCGCAGGAGGAGAAGCUGGCGAUGGAGAAGAUGCUGGAGGUGGCGAGCGGUGCGGCUCAGGAGAACGGCUGCGCCCGCUCGCCAUCGCCCGGCGGCUCGGCUGAGGGCGAGGGGGUGACGCUGCAGCGCUCCAUCACGCUGCUCAACGGCGUGGCCAUCAUCGUGGGCACCAUCAUAGGGUCCGGCAUCUUUGUCACCCCUACCGGCGUGCUGCGAGAGGCCGGUUCGCCCGGCUUCUCGCUGGUGGUGUGGGCUGUCUGCGGGGCCUUCUCCAUCGUGGGUGCCCUCUGCUACGCUGAGCUGGGCACCACUAUCACCAAAUCCGGCGGGGACUACGCCUACAUGCUGGAGGUGUACGGCUCUCUGCCCGCCUUCCUCAAGCUCUGGAUAGAGCUGCUGAUCAUCCGGCCUUCCUCACAGUACAUCGUGGCUCUGGUCUUCGCUACCUACCUGCUCAAGCCCCUCUUCCCUACCUGCCCGGUGCCUGACGAGGCUGCCAAGCUGGUGGCUUGUCUGUGUGUCCUGCUCCUCACAGCGGUGAACUGUUACAGUGUGAAAGCUGCUACUCGUGUUCAGGAUGCCUUUGCUGCGGCAAAGCUGCUGGCGCUGGCUCUGAUCAUCAUUCUUGGCUUCGUGCAGCUUGCAAAGGGUGAUGUGUCAAACCUGACUCCUCAGCACUCCUUCGAAGGCACGAAGGUUGAAGUGGGGAACAUUGUGUUAGCUCUCUACAGUGGUCUCUUUGCCUAUGGAGGAUGGAAUUACUUGAAUUUUGUUACAGAAGAGAUGAUCAAUCCCUACAGAAACCUGCCUCUGGCUAUCAUCAUCUCACUACCUGUGGUCACCUUGGUUUAUGUGCUGACAAACCUGGCUUACUUCACAACCCUGUCAACCGAGCAGAUGCUGACAUCCGAAGCUGUAGCUGUGGACUUUGGAAACUAUCACCUUGGUGUCAUGUCCUGGAUCAUUCCUGUCUUUGUUGGCUUGUCAUGCUUUGGAUCUGUUAAUGGAUCUCUCUUCACUUCUUCCCGGCUGUUCUUUGUGGGAUCCCGAGAAGGACACUUGCCUUCAAUCCUGUCUAUGAUUCACCCCAGGCUCCUCACUCCUAUGCCAUCCCUCAUCUUCACGUGCAUCAUGACUCUGCUUUAUGCUUUCUCCAACAACAUUUUCUCAGUCAUCAACUUCUUCAGCUUCUUCAACUGGCUAUGUGUGGCUCUGGCCAUCAUCGGCAUGAUGUGGCUGCGUUACAAGAAGCCAGAGCUGGAAAGGCCCAUCAAGGUGAACAUCUGCCUGCCCAUUUUCUUCAUCCUGGCUUGCUUGUUUCUCAUUGCUGUUUCCUUCUGGAUGACACCGAAGGAAUGUGCGAUCGGCUUCGCCAUCAUCUUCAGCGGGAUCCCCAUUUACUUCUUCGGGGUCUGGUGGCAAAACAAGCCCAAGUGGGUCCUCCAAGCCAUCUACUCUGCCACAGUCCUGUGCCAGAAACUGAUGGAAGUGGUUCCACAGGAAUCCUAAGCAGGAGGAGCAGAGACACUGAGCUCGAGGAAACGCACAACACUGUUUUGAGAUGACACAAGGAGAAAACGCUUCUGAUCCCUCAUAAAUGAAACCUAGGCACUGGAGCACCCCGUUGGAGCCACUUCGUGUCUGACACCAAGCCUCUGGCUCUGCCUUGUCUCCUCCAGCCCCUCCAUCACUCCCCUGUAACCUGGCAGAUGAGCAAGCCUGCAGUGAGAAGUUCUUGGUACGAAUGUGGGCCAGGAGGAGGAAUUCUUGCUGGCAGCUUCAGAGGGGCCCUGCCUGUCCAGCAGCAGCAAGUCUCAUCAGCAUCUCUGUGUGUGUGGGGGGAGGGGGUACUGAGGGCUGUGCUCUAAUUCUGUGUAGGCCGACUUGAUUUGGGUCUGGGAUACUCCAGAUAACACUAAAUGAGCCCAGUCUGAGUGUUGCCAGCUGUACAAAUAUGCCUGUGUCUGGAGCUGGGACUGUCACAGAGCUGCAGAGUGGGCCUGAGCCGGGCCCACCUGCCUUAGCUGGUCAAAGAGAGGUGGUUGGGAAGCAAAGUUUGGCUGAGGUUGGCUCACACACACACAAACUCAUACCAAAAUACGUGCUGCUGGAUGCUUUGGACUCUGUCCACUAGCAGUGACUUCAAUGAGACAAGGCAGAGCAGAAUUAGUGUCAGAGAAAUGAUGUGGGGAGGCCUCAUCUGACCUUCACUGCAUUCCUGACUAGAGCACUUGAGGCCCCUGCCACUACCUGGCUUGUAACUCAGAUCCAAGCCAUCUCCCUGCUAUUGAGCCAGUCCUCUGGAAUGCUCUUCACCAGAAUGCCCAUCCAUGGCCCUGUGACUCAGCCCUGGGGCAGGUGGAAGCCUGAGGGUGGAAUUCCUCCUGAGAAACCCAGGGAAUUGCAAUAAGCAGAAGGCCAAGUCCUCGACUUGCUUACUCUGUGUUUCUCUGUAGAUAAGAUCCUGACCAGCAUGGAAUGAGCAGUAUCAUGCUCUCCAGAUGACCCUGUUCACUGCCCACAGUAUGCCUCGUGUGCUGCCCCAAACCGUUUGCAAAGAGGAAAUGAGAGAGGUGGGAUUCCCUUGGCUCAGUCCCUGGGGUCUGUCUCUGCAUUGCCUGUCACUAUGCCCUGCAUUAUGCCAUGCAGGGGAGAUGGGACCAGCUGGGUCUGGGGGUGUAGAAAGGGGCAGAUGCUUUAUCCUAAUCUGCUGUAGAUGGUCUGGUUUGCCUUAAGAAGCAGGGCCUGGGGCCUGGUCCUUCUUAGUGCAAAACUGCGGCAUCAGGUUUGGCUUGGUGAGAUCCCCCUCGAAAUCCUCCCAUUCAGGGAGUGGUCUUAGAGCACAAACCACAAUUCACAUGUGAAAUCUUGGUGUUCUGUUGUGGUGCAGUCUCCUCCCCUGGGCCCACCCACAGUCCCUCUAGUUCCCAAGUAGUCGAAACUGUCCCCUUAGGAACAUGUUACUUUGUGUGGUCAAAAGUGUCACCUUUCCAGCAAAACUGCAGCUCUUGAACCUUCUGCUCAUGGUGCCUCUGCGCUUCAGGUGAUAAUUGGAAAUCAAAAGCAUCUUGUCCUCACAAGUGAGCUUCGUUCUCUGCUGCACAUCUUCUUUGUGCUUGUGCUUUGUGCAAAUGGGGCAUUGAGAUUACUUUAUCUCCUCAGUAUUUCUGUCAGCUAAGCUGUUGGGGAGCCAGGAUCCUCCAAGAGCUACAGCUUUCUCCUGGCUGCUCCUCAUUGCUUAGAGAUGUGUUGGGUGACAGGGCAUCGAGGACACCAAUGGUACUAGCUGAUGCUUUGUCCUUUGAGGAAGUUUUUAACCACAAGAAUCAUGUUAAGGCAGGUGGCAAACUCUCUUCUGGCAUCUGUGGCAAACUCUCUUCUGGCACCUGUGACAAUGAUGGUGGCCAGAUCUAUGUGCAGCUCUUUGCUACUGCUUCACCAGCUGCGUGUCUGCUUGGAGGCAGUGCAGGGGGAGUAGGUGAGACAAUCAUCACACUGAAAACCUUUGCUGUCAGGUGGCUUAUUCCAUGGCAGCUUAGUCUAGAGAUACCCAAACCAGCUCAGGGGCUGCUUUCGCUGUGUUAGUGUUGAGCUCUCCUGGAGCUGAGUUUGGGUGUAGCUACAGCACAGAAGAACCCAAAGCUGAUGGCCAGUGCCUGGCUCUUUAGGGACCUAUGUGCAAUGAAUUGGAGCAUCUUGGAUCCAGUGCCUGCAGAGAGGCAUUUGCAGAAGUAAGAUCAUGAACCAUAAAACCUGAACUCGAAGUUUUUGAAUCCUUCCAGCUGAAGGCUGAGAAAUUUGGGCAGAGUUGUGAUGGGAAAUCAGUGUUUAUGCUGGACCUGAUUCAUGGAGAGAGAGCCUCUGCCUGUUAUCUUCCACCUGAUCCACAGUUUUUUGGUUGUUGUGGUGAAGUUCAUCAUGAGGGUGGUGGAACACAGGAACAGGUCACCCAGGGUGGUGGUGGAGGCCCCAUCCCUAGAGAUAUUCAGGGUCAGGCUUGAUGGGGCUCUGAGCAAUCUGCUCUGGUUAAAGAUGUCCCAGCUUACUGCAGGGGAACUGGACUAGAUGGCCUUUGAAGGUCCCUUCUAACCCACCCCAUUCUAUGAUUCUUUAAUGGCCUGUGGGCUACCUUCCUGCAGGAUUCAGCGCAGGGGCUCCCAGUGCUAACACACACCAGCAGAACUCCUUGGGAAGCAAAGGAAUGGGAUUUUAACUUGCAGCCACCUCAACCCAAUGACCAGAGCAGUGCUCAGAGAUCAGAAAUGGGCCCAAAUCUCCCAAAGGCCUGGGGGCUUGACUGGAUUGGACAGACUUGAAUGACUCCCAUCAGUGGUGAAGACCAUCAAAUCACACUUAGCCCUCCUAGUGAACCUUUCACACUGGUUUUAAAGAGGAGAUGUCACCCUGAGAAGUUCUUUGGUUUUUUUUUCUUUUUUAAUUAAUUAACAGAUCUUAAUUAAAUCCUUCACUGGCUUGCUUGCUUUUUAUGGAUUUCCAUGGGGUUUCAUUUGCUGCUUUCUGUUACUAACCUACUGGCUCUGGUGUUGAUGCCACCCGUGUCAUAGAUGAUUCUGCCAGUGUCUCCCUGACAGCAGAGGUGUAGGAAGGAACUGAACCAGAUACCAGCACAGAAUGACAACAGUAUUGAAUCUGCUAAGCCACAGCUUGCAUCUCAACAAUCAUCUUUCCAAAACCUUUUUUUGUGGAUUCAUUGACCCUGACAGUUCCCUCUCCACCUCCCUGAAAGGAGGUUGGAAUGAGGUGGGGGUUGGUCUUUUCUCCCUAUAAUCAAGUGAUAGAAUGAGAGGAAAUGGCUUCAAGUUGCACCAAGGGAGGGUUAUGUUAGAUACUAGGAACAAUUUCUGUACAGAAAGAGUGGUCAGGCCUUGGAACAGGCUGCUCAGGGAGGUGGUGGAGCCACAGUACCUGGAAGUAUUCAAAGAUGUGUAGACAGGGCAUUUCAGGACAUGGUUUAAUAGCCAUGGUGGUGUCAGAUCAGCAGUUGGACCUGUUGAUCUUAGAGAUCUUUUCCAACCAAAACAAUUCUGUGAUUCUCCUCCACCAGAGUUUGGUGGCAUGGCUGUAAGAUGUUGGAUUAGGGAGAUGAGGAGUAAAGGAGUAAAACUGACCUUCAUUUAAUACAGCAAACACAAAGUCAUCUCUCCAGUGGGUGGAACUGCUGCUAUAACAGCAUCUGCUGUCCAGCACCACAGCUUGGAGCUCAGAUCAGCAGCCUACAGUGGUGCUGCCCUCAGGGGCUUGCCGUGUUCAGCUAGGUUUAGGUGUAGUAAAAAGAGAGAAUACAUCCUCCCAUGAAGGACCUCCCUGCUGCCUGCUUUCCUCAAACGUGGAGUGUAGAUGUGUCCUGGAGGACAAGUGGAGCAACACAGACCUCACAGAAAAAUUUCCAUAGCUGCCAGUCCUGGAUGUGGGAUUUUUUCUGUUGUUUCUCUGUUUGCUUCUGCUCUUUGGAGCCCAUGAUCAGGUCAUGCCUGUUGUGACCCACCAUAGGAGAUAAACCCUUCCCACAAAGGAUGCUCACAAGGGCCAUUUGCUCUCCUUAACAGUAGCUACAGUUAACGAGGCACCACAUGGAUCUGCUUCAUGUGACAGUGUUCUCCAGGAGCAAGCAGAGAGGCCAUGUCAAUGGAUUCAAAGAGGCAUUUAGGUUGGAGAAGACCUUUAGGAUCAUGGAGUAUUUCUGUAAGCCAUGGCUGUGCUGCAGUCAUCCCUUGGCCUUUGUACCAAUCCCCUUCUCAGUUACCCCUCUCCUUACCUUGUUUUCAAGUGUUGAGGCUGCCAGCAGCCCCUUGCUGGAGAUGUCGAUGGAGCAGGGACCUGCAGGGACCUGCUGAACCAUGAGGCCCGCAGAGCCAGGUGCUUCCUCACCCACUGCCUUCCUCUUUCUAAAUGAGAAACCCUCCCACCCGAGAUGGGAACCAGCCCUGCAAAACACUUCCCUCCCAAAGUCUUGGGGGUAUUUAAGUCAUCCUGGAUGAAUUCUUUAUUUGUUUUUUCUUAUUUAUGUUAACUUCCUGCAGGAUUUGCAGUGCUUCCCCUCUCAGACACCCUGUUCUGGUAAACAUGCGUCUGUUUGCGGUGGCACCCUCUGUGGAUACCCAGUUCAAAGGGGCUCUGUCACCAUUGAACAAACUUUAAAGACCCUUCAACUGGAUUAAAACUCACAAGAAGUAGCUUUGUUGUUCUCCAAGCCUCCUCCCUGUGUGUGGCUCAGUUAGGGGAAUAAAUUUGGCCCCUUCAUGGGCUUCUCUGCUGUAGGUCUGCCCAAGAGCAGAGCUCUUGAAAGGCAGCAGCAUUGCAGCUGAGCUCUUCCUGUGGCCACCAUUUCCUAACCAUGCAGAGAUGUUUGCAGUGGCAGAGUCUCAAGCUGGCUGCAGGGAAGGGCAGGAAAGGCUUCCUCUCAGCCUGGGAAGGAGCCUGAGCCUUCAGCUGAGGCUGCAGCGUUCAGGGGCUUUCAUAAGAAAUAAAACUUAAAGAAAAUAGAAGGGAACAGCCAAAUGCUGCCAUUAUGCAGUACUGUGGCUGCCUGGGGCUCCUCUCGUGGGGUGCCAGCUUUCCCAUCAACUGGCUGCACAAUUCUAUUUCCAGUGACAUCAAAGGGGAAGAUGAUGUUGGCCUUUGAGAAAGGGCUGGAACAAAGCUUCCUCCUGGAGCUUGAGAAAGGGCAACCCGGGGCCAAAAUGGCUCCGCUUUCCCCUGGGGCUCAGAUUGAGGUCUGCUGGCCGGCGCCAUGACCUUGGCAGAGCCCUAUGGACUGAAUCACAGCUUUGGGACAUCUCCAUGCACAUCCCCAGCAUGGCUGGAGCCGGCAGCACUUGGCUGCCAACCAGGGAUUGCGGCAGGCAGCUCCCUGAGGGGAUGGGAACCUGCUCCUGUGCCUCUGCCGGGCACCUUCCCUGUACCAGAGCAUCAGCAAGACCUCAGUACUGAGGAAUGCUCAAUAGGCUCUCCAGUUCUGGUGGCUUCCUGAGCUGCAGCCAGCCAGCCUUUUGCUGGUUCUAUCCAUACCUGAGUAGUUUCUUCCCAUUUUAUGUGGUCCAAACUGGAACUAGCAGCUAGGCUGAGGUGGUUCUGUGUGUCAAAGCCAAGUGUGGUUCAGCUGCAGGCAGGAAACGUGGCUUGGAUUAGGUCACCCCGAAGGAACCGAUGUCCAGAGGAUCCUUUCUUUGCUCUCAGCCCCUGCUCCUUGCAUGAGAAGGGCUGUGGCUUCCUCCAGCUGUUGAAGUGUUAAUGAGAAGAAAAAAGAGUAUUUUUAAAAAUCUUUAAUUCAUUUUUAAAUGGCCUCAAAGAGACUUUAUAGCUACACCUAAAUGUCCUCUCUGGGUGACCUCCAUCCUGGCUCAGGUGCUUGUGGUAUGUGGUGCUGCAGGGCCUGGCUGUGGCUCCUGCGCUGGGACAAACGCCCCACUUUUGGGGGGUGGGGAAAAGCCUUAUUUGUUCAGAGGACAGGGUGAGGUCUGUGUCCCACCUAAACCCUUGCACAGGGAGAAUGUUUAGUGGUGCCCAGACCUUGCACCACUGCCUGUGGGACAAAAGGAAGGUGGAGUUCACUGCUGGUGAAGAAUCUGACUUCCAGAGCCACCUUUCCUCUCAAGUCUGUUGGGUUUGGUUUGGGUUUCUUUUUUUUUUUUAAACACCUGGGAAAGGAAAAAAGAUAUUAACAGACCUGAUUAAGCAUUUUGUUAUGUUUGGUUGCUUUAAAAAUGUUUUACUAAUUUAAAUGUUGCUGUAGAUGACAUUCUAUUUAUUUUAAGGGGUUAAAGAUCUUUCAGUCUUAAUACUUCUGCAGUCGGCACUGUCUCUCUACGUUUGUGGUCCUGUCCACACAGCUACUCUCCACCACUGAUCAAGUGCUGGUCAGCCACUAGUAACUGAAUCAAACUGCCUUGUAAACCAAGAUGUCUCUUGCAAAGUCUGGUUUGGGUUUGUUGGUUUGGUUUUUUUUUUUCCUAGUGAUUCUUUUACAUCUGUGGUUAACAAAUCUGUUACAUGUUUGGGUUGUUCUAUGUUUUUUGGGGUUACUGUUUUGGUUUUUUUUUUAACAAAGAAAGCUGGAUUACAA